CAACAGAUCAGUUAAAUUCUAAGGUAUAAAUCAAUUUCCGUAUACCGGAAAGAAAAGAAUGAUCGAUCUCACACUAUUUGCUAGAGCAAUUGAAGCUUCCUCGAGUGUGUACACUCCUCGAUAAGAUACCGCCAUUUCGAAAUUAGAUCCUGAUCAGCGCGAUUUCUGCAUACUGCCGAUGUACUCCUGUAUGGUCUCGCAUAGUGUUCGAUUUUGCCGCGAUACGGCGCUGGCAAUGUUCUUAACGGACGCUUUAAAUUUCACAAUGUUCUUUGUAAACACGCGUCUCUUCCUGUCGGUGGCUCGGAUAUCUUUGUACUGUUUCUGAUUUCGUUUGCUUUACGACCUGCGAUUUGUUUCAUUUAUCCUCGAGUUUGGAAUAAUAAUAUCCUAUCGUUGAGGAUAACAAAUCAUUCUCGUACAGCGAAGUUUCACGAAGUUAGUGUUAGUGUUUCGAAGGAAAUGAAGCAUUAAGUUAACAGUGGGCUGGUAAUGGGCUUUGCGUUAAGUUUGGCGCCUGCAUCAGCCAAUGCAUAAUUAUAUUAAAUUCUGUGACAAUAGCAAUCAGUUGUUCAUACGGAAUGCGAUAAAACUGUGGAUGUUUGCGAUGUCCACAUAACCGUGAUCGUAUUUAUACAAAAAUGUAAUUGCCUUUCUGUACGGUACUUAAAUGUAUUGGAGUGUAUGCUUUCAAAAAUUUACUUGUUGGGCAUGAAUGGACAGGUGCAACCCUCCAGGGAAAGGUUAGGAGGUUUUACCAACAGUACAAUAGGAUUAUUUUCUGGAAUGAUUACCACAGAUCGUGUUCCACAUAUACAACUAGCUACUACAAAUAAUGGAUUGCCUGUGGAUGAUUCUAGUGUUACUACAGAGGUUGACAGCAAAGUCAAAACAAAAUUAUUGUCUAUGUGGAAUAAUGUUAAAUAUGGCUGGACCAUUAAGGUAGUUAAACCAAACUUCUCGAAAGAAUCUCCAGUAUGGUUACUUGGAAAAAUUUAUCGCAAGAAACCGGAAGAGUUUUUGGAAAAGGCUUCCGAAGCGGAGAAAACUUUAGACACUGGAAGUGAAAUAUCUUUAGCUAUGGAUGCUAUUAGUUUCGAGGAUGGUAUAGAAGAAUUUAAGAAGGAUUUCACAUCACGCCUUUGGUUAACAUAUAGAAGGGAAUUUCCUAUACUGAAUGGUUCUACAUUCACCACCGAUUGUGGUUGGGGAUGUAUGCUACGUAGUGGUCAAAUGAUGUUGGCACAAGCGCUGGUCUGCCAUUUUCUUGGAAGAGAAUGGCAGUGGCAGUUAGAUCAACCAAUAAAAACAGAACAACAAAAAUUGGAUGAAUAUAAUCACAGGUUAAUAAUUAAAUCAUUUGGAGAUCUACCACAUAGUAUAUCUCCAUUUUCUAUACAUACACUUGUUUCUUUGGGUGCUCUGUGGGGAAAACGUGCAGGAGAUUGGUAUGGACCUACUUCUGUAGCUCAUCUUUUAUGCCAAGCAGUAGAGCAAGCAGCAAAACAACAUCCAAUAUUCAGUAACUUGGCCGUUUAUGUUGCUCAAGAUUGUGCAGUUUAUCUGCAAGAUGUAAAAAAUGUAUGCCAAAUGCCAGAUGGCAAGUGGAAAUCUCUUAUACUCUUUGUACCUUUAAGACUUGGUGCUGACAAAUUAAAUCCUAUUUAUGCAUCUUGCUUAACACACUUACUUACACUAGACACCUGUAUUGGUGUAAUCGGUGGUCGACCUCGGCAUUCGCUUUAUUUUAUUGGUUUCCAGGAAGAUAAAUUAAUUAAUCUAGAUCCGCAUUAUUGUCAAGAAACUGUUGAUGUAUUAAAAGAUAAUUUCCCUUUGACGAGUUUUCAUUGUACUUCACCAAGGAAAAUGUUAAUAUCAAAAAUGGAUCCUAGCUGUUGUGUGGGAUUUUAUUUUCAUAACAAAUUGCAAUUUACAAACUUUAUGGAGAUUGCUCCCUCUUACUUGGUGCCGGAAGAUGAAAAAGUCAAUUAUCCGAUGUUUUUAUUUUGUGAAGGGAGCGGGAAAGAUCUCCAUCGAAAAAUUGAAAUUGCAGAAAAUAUAAUUCCCUCUACUACCUCUUUUACAGGUAAUGGAACUUACGAUGACGACCUUGACGAAUGCGAAGAAUUCGAACUGGUACAAUGAAAUGUUAAUUAUAGAUUAAAAAAAAAAAAAAAAGAUAUCAUGUACUUAAAAAAGCAUUCAUGGAUAAUUCCUGGAGAAGGAUGAUAAUGUUUGUCAUUAAUUAUAAUUCUCCGUUCAUUCGUCCAUAUAUGUAUAAGAAAAAAUCGAUUGAUGACUUUAGAUGACAAUGUUGCAUAUUAGGGAGUUGAAUAUUAAUUUUUAAAAUAAAUUUAUGCCGCAAUAUGAUCUUUAGAUCUCAACAUACUCGUUGAACGACUGACGUGAAUCGAUAUAUCGACUAUUUUUCAUUCGUGAUAAUGCAUUUAUAGAUCCGAAUUAGCAUUAUCUAUACAUCAUUCUGUGAUCAUAAUUUAGAACGCGGCUUUCAUAUUCCAGUUAUUGCACAAUUUUUUUUUUAUCUUGUUUACUGAUCUCGAAAAUUAUUAUUAAGUAGAGUAAUUUAGUAUAUGACUUAGAAUUAUCAUAACCAAGAAGAUAUUUAUUCUUUUUCAUGGAUAAUUACGUCGAGAAAAUCUUACUUGCGUAGAUCGUAAGUUGAUGAUUUUGCUAUGAAGAGUAAUUUUUAUAAAAAUUUCUUAAUUCCUUAUGAAAAUGUUCCUGACAUAACUUAUUUUGUGACGCAGUAAUAUUAGAUUCCUCGCAAGAUACAACUUGAGUAUAUUUUCUUUUAGUUAAAGAUGUUUAUGCAAUCAUCAGUGUUACGCAUUACAUAUUCAACCAUAUCUACCUGUUGUAAUAUUUAAACCUCAAUUAAUUUAAAUUUCUUUUUUCUACGAUGCAACUUUAACUUAUUUAUUUACAUAAUAUUCUGAUUUUCCUUCAACAGUUGUAAUGAACUUAUACUAAGUUCCCACAGCUCAUCACUGCGUUUGACAUAAUGUUUUAUGUUGUGAAAGAGAAACACGUAUUUAAUAAGCAUGUAUGACAUUAAAUCAUUGUUAUUACUGAGGAAUGACUUAAUUUUCGAAUGAAAAGAAAAUGUGAGCAUGAUAUAUAAGGUAUAUUAUACUCAUAUUGAUAAGAUCUGUACACAACUAAAAGUUGUUGAAAUUCUUAUAUCAGUACAGUUAAAAAUAAAUAUGGAAAAACGAUUAAAAAAAUCAUGUUUUAAUAUUUAUUACCUGUUUAUGAUCAUUAGUACACUUUGAAACGGAAUAUACAUAUGUCUUAAUACACUUGUGUCAUAAAAGGCUCAACAAAUUCCACUGAUUUAGAAUCAUUCUUUAGCUUCUUUGAUCCCUUUAUAUCAACAUCGUUUUACAAUCGAUAUAUACGAAGCAUGACAAGUGAAACAUAAAUCAGUUGCAAUUGCUUGCUUUGUUAAUGAAUAUUCAUAAAAUUAUACUUCCAUCAAAUCUUGCGUGUCGAUACAAAGAAUAUGUACAAAUAUAAAAAAUCAGAUCGGGUAUGUACAAAAUAAGUAAAAGUUGUCGAUAAAAGUUAAUAAAAUUGAUGUAUACUGUAUUCAUCCAAAAUAUUCAAAUAAUCUGUUAAUUGUAUAUAUACACAGUAACUUUUAUAUAUGUACAUAUAUAUAAGUUGCAGAAAAAUAUAUUUCCACAAUUUGUGUGCAUCCAUUCAAUUCAUCAAUUUGUGCGCAUGUAAAUUGAUAUUGAUAUCUUACACAGCACAAAUGGAAGCAUGUAAUUACUAUUGAUUAAAAACAUAUGCACUAAUUGAUGUGUAUUUUGUUAUAAAAUAUUAAUAUGCCUAAGUAAAUUAAGAACACGA